AUGGCUGAAUCAAAGUUGACUGUUGAGCAAUCACCUAAGUCUGAUGAAGAAAGGCUUGAGAUGCAAGACAUCCCUUAUGCAAGUGUGGUUGGGAGUGUGAUGUAUGCCAUGAUUGGAACUAGGCCGGAUGUGGCACAAGCAAUUAGUUGUACCAGCAGAUAUAUGAGUAAUCAUGGUAGAGAGCAUUGGCAAGCACUAAAAUGGAUUCUCAGGUACCUAAGGGGAGCUGGAAACAUGGGAAUUUUAUUCAAUAGCACUGAUUAUGGGAUGGAGGAUGCUCUGAUUGGAUAUUGUGACAGUGACUUUGCUGGUAGUAUAGAUACCAGAAAGUCCCAAUCUGGAUAUAUCUUCACUAUGUAUGGGGCGGCGGUUAGCUGGAAGUCAGGUUUGCAAAACGUUGUGGCUCUUUCUACCACUGAGGCUGAGUAUAUAUCAUUGACAUCAGCAGUUAAAGAGAGCUCUUGGCUAAGAGGAAUAGCAAAUGACUUUGGAGUGCAGCAACAGGUUGUUUCCAUAGGAUGUGAUAAUAAUGGUGCACUAAGUCUGGCUAAGCACCAGGUCUUCCAUGAACGUAGCAAGCACAUCGAUGUGCGGCUACAUUUUGUAAGAGAGGAAGUAGAGAAUGGGAAGCAACAGUCGGAUGAUUCACCUAAGCAAUGA